GGGAGGGAGGAGGCCAGACGAGGCGGGGGGAGGGGGAGCAGCGGUGGCGCAAGCCGCGCGGAGCAGCGCAGCUCGGGUCCGCUCCCUUCAUUGCCUCCGCCGCCUCCCGACCCGGCGUCCCCCGAACAUCUCCAAGCGGACUAAGGAGUCCAUGUUGGGGAACUUGGCAGCGGCGUGACGGGGACCUAAGGACCUGCCGUGGGGCCGCCGCCGCCGGCGGAGCCAGCGCUUCGACCUCGGCCUGAGGUGAAGAAGACAAAGAUAAUACUGCUACCGCUGGUUUGUUGUACAGUGAAGCUGACAGAUGUCCAAUAUGUCUUAAUUGCCUCUUAGAGAAGGAAGUUGGUUUUCCAGAAAGCUGUAAUCAUGUCUUCUGUAUGACCUGUAUUCUUAAAUGGGCAGAGGAGGGGCUAUCUGUAGGCAGCCUUUGUGAUUGAGGAUAGAGCAGCAGCAGGAAGCAAGAAAUAUUAGAAAUCAAGAAUCCUGAAUUCCCAAAUAAGGAAGGUUUCCUGUUCUUACAUUUAAAUAUGGGUUUGUCUGAGCUGGGAAUUUACAACGCUUCAGAAUACUAGGACACAGGCUUCAUGUCCCAUUGACAGAAAACCUUUUCAAGCGGUGUUUAAAAUCAGUUCAUUGGAAGGUUGUGUUAAGGUUCAAGUAAAAAGACAGUUGAGAGAAGCAAAAGACAAGAUAAAUGAAAGCUCUUUUAAGAAACAGCUCUCCUGUCAUGAAAAUUCUAAAAGCUGUAUGAGAAAAAACAUAGGAGAAGAUCUAUUAAGUGCAAAGCUUUAUGACUUGAAGAUGCAUCGAAAAACUAAAUACAGUGAAAUGGGAGGAAAGAAAAAUGCAACAAUGAAGAUGAAGCUUCGAAGAUCAAAUCAGUGUACAAGUCAGUCCUUCAGAAAUUCUUUCUUCAAUAUGUUUUCUUCUACUAGUCACACUGGAGACUCUUCUUUUACCUGUAGAGCUUACUGUACAGAAUUUAUAGAAGUCAAUGAAAUCAGUGCAUUAAUUAGACAGAAGAGACAGGAACUGGAAUUGUCAUGGUUUCCUGAAACAUUACCUGGAAUUGGAAGAAUUGAUUUCAUACCCUGGAAUAUGGAAACAGAAGUCCUUCCUCUCAUCCCUUCUGUGUUGCCGAGAACUAUUUUUCCAACAAGUACCUUAUCUUUACAGAAUUUUGGUACUUCUUGCAAGGGAUAUGCAUUAGCACAUACUCAAGAAGGAGAAGAGAAGAAGCAAACUUCUGGUACAUCAAACACCAGAGGAUCAAGACGAAAAUCUGCAGCAGCAACUCCUACAAGGAGAUCUGCACGUAACACAAGAGCUGAAACAGUCACUAAUUCUCAGAGAUCCCCGGCAUCAAAUAAUUCUGGGUGUGAUGCCCCAGAUAACAAUAAUCCAUCUCUAAGUGUUUCUUCUUCAGCUGAGUCAGAAAAGCAAACAAGACAGGCCCCCAAACGGAAGUCUGUAAGAAGAGGAAGAAAACCACCUUUACUGAAAAAGAAACUUCGAAGCUCCGUACCUCCUUCUGAAAAAGCAUCUUCCAGUGAUUCAGUAGAUGAAGAAACAGCAGAAUCUGACACACCACCUGUGUUAGAGAAAGAGCACCUAUCAGAUGAAGAAAGUAGAAACACUUGUACUGUGCAGACAAAUGUAGAAAAUAAGUCUGCUAAUGGCUUGAAAAGUUGCAGUGAGCAAAUAGAAGAAAGUGAGGAACAUACUGAAAACCAUGACACAGAGGAAAAAGUAGAAUCUUCAUAUUCUGAGUCUUGUAUCCAAGAUCCUCCUGUUCUAGUUGGAGAGGAGGAGGACGUUCAGAAAGUUGAGAAUAUGGGUAUUGAGGAAGUUCAAAAAGUUGAGAAUGCAGGUAUUGAGGAAGUUCAAAAAGUUGAGAAUACAGGUAUUGAAGUUCAAAAAGUUGAGAAUACAGGUAUUGAGGAAGUUCAAAAAGUUGAGAAUACAGGUAUUGAGGAAGUUCAAAAAAUUGAGAAUACGGAUAAUGUUUUUUGCUUAGAAAGUGAUAUUUCUAAAACUAUUUCUGAAGAAGGAGGUGAUACAUUAGAAAAUGAAGAUCAAAUAUCUUUACCUUCAGAAUCAGAAGUAAAAGCAGAUAUAUGUACAGAUUAUCCUCCAAAUGAUUCUCUUACAUGUUCAGCAUCUGAAAUUGAAGUAAACCAACCUGUACCAAGCCUAGAUGAGUUAUCUGAGAAUGCAGAGAUAGUUAUGGUUAAUGAAGAAAAAGUUGUAGAGGUCAAUGAAGAAAAAGUUACAGAUGUUAAUGUUCAAGAGGUUAUAGAGAGUCCUAUAGUAGAAAUUAUUGAUCAUAAUGAUUCUACAGUAGAAGCAGAACAGCUUGUAGACAGCCCAAGAUUAGAAUCUUCUGAGGGUGGAAUUAUACAAACAGUGGACAAAACCUCUAUUGAGAUCUCAGAGAUUCAGUUGCCUGGGCAUAUUGAAACUGGAGAUACAGAAGUAAUGUGUGAUACUUCAGGGAAUGAAAAUUUCAGUAGUAUUCAAGACUCUGAAAGUAAUUUAUUAAAAAAUAAUCUUAACACCAAAUUAGACACAUCUUUAGAAGAAAAGGCUGAGUCUCUGGUUGAACAACCCAGAUCUACAGAAUUGCCUAACACACACAUUGAACAGAUUCAGAAACAUUUUAGUGAAGACAAUAAUGAAAUGAUACCCAUGGAAUGUGAUUCAUAUUGCAGUGAUCAGAAUGAGUCUGGAAUUGAACUGUCUGUAAAUACUGAUGCUAAACAACUGAACAAAAAUUCUGCAGAGCACAGUUCUCAAAAUAAUAUGCCAUUUUCUGAUCCUGUAAGUGAAAAAGUUGAAACUGUAUCUCAGCCAUUUGAAAACCCAGUAGAUACGAUAGAUAAAGCCAAAAAGCCUCGUACUCGAAGAUCCAGAUUUCAUUCCCCAUCUACAACUUGGUCUCCCAACAAAGAUACUGCGCGGGAAAAGAAGCGGUCUCAGUCGCCAUCUCCCAAAAGAGAAACUGGGAAAGAAAGCAGGAAGUCUCGGUCACCAUCUCCCAAAAAGGAAUCUUCAAGAGGACGGAGAAAAUCUCGUUCCCAGUCCCCAAAACAAGAUAUUGCAAGAGAAAGAAGGCAGUCACAGUCUCGAUCUCCAAAAAGAGACAGCACAAGGGAAGGCAAAAGAUCAGAGUCACUCUCCCCAAAGAGAGACACUUCUAGAGAGAACAGAAGAUCUCAGUCACGAGUGAAAGAUUCCUCCCCAACAGAAAAAUCCAGGUCCCGGAGCAGAGAAAGAGAAAGUGAUAGAGAUGGGCCUAGAAGAGAGAGAGAAAGAGAUAGAGAAAGGAGAACCAGAAGGUGGUCUAGGUCCAGAUCUCGUUCUCGGUCACCAUCAAGAUCUAGAACAAAAAGUAAGAGUUCAUCAUUUGGUAGAAAUGACAGAGAUAGCUACUCUCCUCGGUGGAAGGAAAGAUGGGCAAAUGAUGGUUGGAGAUGUCCACGAGGAAAUGAUCGGUACAGAAAGAACGACCCAGAGAAACAGAAUGAAAAUAUAAGAAAAGAAAAAAAUGACAUCAGUCCAGAUGCUGAUGAUCCAAAUUCUGCUGACAAACAUAGAAAUGACUGUUCCAGUUGGGUAACAGAAACAAUAAAUUCUGGACCUGACCCAAGGACCAGACAUCCAGAAAAGUUAAAAGAUUCCCCUUGGGAAGAAAAUAGAAAUGAAAAUUCAGGGAAUGCUUGGAAUAAAAACUUCGGUUCAGGUUGGAUGUCUAACCGUGGUAGAGGUAACCGGGGCAGAGGCACUUACAGAGGUAAUUUUGUCUAUUCAGAUCAAAAUGAAAAUCGGUGGCAAAACCGAAAACCCCUCUCAGGGAAUUCAAAUGGUUCAGGGAAUGAGUCUUUCAAGUUUGUGGAACAGCAACACUAUAAGCGGAAAAGUGAGCAAGAGUUCUCAUUUGAUACACCAGCAGAUAGGUCCGGGUGGACAUCUGCAUCUAGUUGGGCUGUGAGAAAGACUCUUCCAGCAGAUGUGCAAAACUAUUAUUCACGACGAGGGAGGAAUUCCUCAGGCUCACAGUCUGGAUGGAUGAGACAGGAAGAGGAAACACCUGAACAGGAUUCUAACCUAAAAGACCAAACAAACCAACAAGGUGAUGGUUCUCAGCUACCUAUAAAUAUGAUGCAACCACAAAUGAAUGUAAUGCAGCAACAAAUGAAUGCACAGCACCAGCCUAUGAAUAUCUUCCCAUAUCCAAUGGGUGUUCAUGCUCCUUUGAUGAACAUCCAACACAAUCCAUUUAAUAUUCAUCCUCAGCUACCCUUGCAUCUGCACACAGGAGUACCUCUCAUGCAGGUAGCUGCUCCUACCAGUGUAUCUCAGGGACUACCACCACCACCACCCCCUCCCCCACCAUCCCAACAAGUCAACUACAUUGCUUCACAGCCAGAUGGAAAGCAAUUGCAGGGUAUUCCUGGUGCUUCUCAUGUAACUAAUAACAUGAGUACACCAGUCUUGCCUGCUCCGACAGCAGCCCCAGCAAAUAUGGAAACAGUUCAGGGACCAAGUUCUGGUAAUGCUUCGUCAUCAAGUCACAGCAAAGCCUCUAAUGCUGCUGUAAAAUUGGCAGAAAGCAAAGUAAGUGUUACAGUGGAAGCCAGCGCAGAUAGCUCGAAGACAGACAAGAAAUUGCAAAUUCAAGAGAAAGCAGCACAGGAGGUAAAACUGGCCAUUAAGCCCUUUUACCAAAAUAAAGAUAUCACCAAGGAAGAAUAUAAAGAGAUUGUACGAAAAGCAGUAGAUAAAGUUUGUCAUAGUAAGAGUGGAGAAGUCAAUUCUACUAAAGUGGCAAAUUUGGUUAAAGCCUAUGUAGACAAAUACAAAUAUUCACGGAAAGGAAGCCAAAAGAAAACUCUGGAAGAACCUGUGUCUACUGAAAAAAACAUAGGCUGAAAGGAGAGCACUAUUAGGACACUGUCAAGAUAUCUGCAAAGUGCAAUUUCAACAUACACCUUUCACUGAAAAUCAUGCCUAACUGUGAUUGAAACUUGGUUUUGAUAAAAUUAUUUUUUUUAACGUAGGAUAUGUUUUGUUCAAAAUAAAUAAUAGUUCUGCACUGUAACUUCUAUAUCCUUUCCUCCCCCCCCCCC